UAAAGUUUGUAUUAAAUAGAAAUGCUUUGAAAUAGUUUGGUAUAAACUCUGUGUAAUAAGGUGGAAGUAAUUUUUGAAUUCUAAUGUGCCUUGUUUUUCCACUUCUGCAGAGUGUAUAUAAAUGUGACUUCCUGAACUUGCAGCUUCAGCAACCACUCCAGCUUGCGCAGGAUGCUAUAGAUGCCUUUUUGAAGCAGCUGAAAAACCCUAUUGAUUCUCUUCCUGGAGAACUUUUCCAUGUGGUGGUUUUCUCGCUCCUUCUUUCUUAUUUUCCAUCGCCUUACCAGAGAUGGAUUUGCUGCAAGAAAGCCCAUGAACUGUUAAUGUUAAAUGGUUUAUUGCUUAUCAUCACACCUGAUUCCUCCCAUCAGAAUCGUCAUGCUAUGAUGAUGAAAAGCUGGAAGAUUGCUAUAGAGUCCCUGGGCUUUAAACGUUUCAAGUAUUCAAAAUUUUCACAUAUGCAUCUGAUGGCAUUUAGAAAAAUAUCCCUAAAAACUACAAGUGACUUGGUAAGUAGGAACUACCCUGGGAUGUUAUAUAUUCCUCAAGAUUUCAACAGUAUAGAAGAUGAGGACUAUUCUAACACUUCCUGCUAUGUUCGAUCAGAUAUAGAAGAUGAACAACUGGCAUAUGGUUUUACAGAGCUCCCUGAUGCUCCAUACGACUCAGAUUCUGGAGAAAGUCAAGCCAGCUCCAUUCCUUUCUAUGAGCUAGAAGAUCCCAUAUUGCUUUUAAGCUAAUAGAUAAACAGAAAACCUUUCAUUCCAGACUCCUAAAUUGCCUACACUAAUCGGAAAUAUGACCAUGAACUCAGUACUUAAAACCUGGUUUGCAAAGGAGAAAUGCAAAGGUUGACAGAGUUUGCUAUUUUUUUCUACUUUUGGAUUUUAAAAUUUAUUCUUAUAUAGAAAUCUUAAAGUUUCAUGCAGAGUGUGACUCUUGUCAUAGCAGAAACCACUAUUACAUUAGCAUUUAGCACUCAGAUAUCAUAGAAAGAUACCUUUUUCUUAGUAUUAUUGUGAAAAGUGAAGCAUAAUUUGCUAUGUAUUUUUUCAUCUUUUCAAUGUUGACUUUAACCAUUGCAGUGAGAAACUUUGGGAUAUGUAGAAAACUGUAGAUUGCACUUUGAUGGUUAACCAGUUAAAUGUAUCACAGA